AUGUUCAGCAGCAGAGCGAUCAGACGCUCCCUCCUAGACACACGAAUACCCCACUUGGCGCUCCCACCAACGUUUCUCCUCCCCAGUCGCGCUCGAUACUUCAAUGCUACAACUCAACAUGUCGACUCUCCUACAGGAGCAUUCGAAUCCUCUCAAUUGCCGACCGCAGAAUCUCCUAAUGCUACACCAAUUCCCCCAAAAGUAACGAAGAGAUCUGUUCCUCUACCACCAGCCCCAAUCACCACACCACUCGCCCUCUCUCAAUCAGUCAAAGAGAUGCUCCCUCUACUAGCGACACAACCAUCUCACUACGUAAGCGCGCACAUUCACGGGAAGCCAUAUCUUGUCACAGUCGGUGAUAUGGUACGGCUGCCAUUCCACAUGCCAGGUGUUGUUCCGGGGGAUGUUCUACGUCUGAAUCGUGCGUCGGCCAUUGGAUCUCGAGAUUACACGUUGAAGGGCACGCCCUAUGUGGAUGAGAGGAUAUUCGAGUGCAGGGCGAGGGUUAUGGGCGUGGAGGCAGAGCCGAUGAGAAUCAAAGAGAAGAAGAAGCGGAGGACCAGGAAGACUAAGACGGUCAGGACCAAGCUCAAGUUCACCAUGCUACGGAUCUCCGAAUUGAAGAUCAAGGAGCUUGAUGAGAUCGAGCAAUGA